AUGACUGCAAAGUACAGCCCCCUUCAUCUUUUCCAGAUGUUUUUCUCCUUGUCAGUUCUUGAUUCGCUGGUGUCUAACACCAACAAGUAUGGGGCUAAGAAACAAGCAGGCAAGAAAGAGGCAUGGAAGCCCAUUUCCAUCCAAGACCUGUACUGUUACAUCUCACUGGUUAUUUACAUGGGGCUUGUGAAGUUCGAAAACCUGAAGGACUACUGGAGAACGUCAACACUCUACCAACUGCCUUUCCCCACCACUGUCAUGUCUUGUAAAAGGUUUCUGACUAUCUCGCAGGCGCUUCAUAUCAGUGACCCACAAGUUGAUGAGGACAAUGACCAGAAGAGAGGCACAGCAAGCUUUGAUAGGCUCUGCAAAAUCAAACCUCUCUACCCCAGCAUGGUUGAGGCCUGCAAGACCCAUUUUCAGCCCAACCAGAACCUGUCCAUAGAUGAGAGGAUGGCAGCCUCAAAGGCUAGAAUUGGCCUCAAACAAUAUAUGUGUAACACGCCGACAAAAUGGGGGUACAAACUGUUUGUUUUGGCCGAUUCUGUGUGUGCCUACACUUGGAAUUUUUUUGUUUAUGAGGGGAAAUCCAUCUCAGACACCGGUAAGGGACUUAGUUAUGAUUCCGUUAUGGAAUUAUUGGAUUUUCAACUGCUGGGGAAGGGCUACAAACUGUUUGUGGACAACUUCUACACAAGCCCUACCCUGUUUACAGAUCUGAGGAAGCUGGAUGUGUGGGCUUGUGGCACCAUUCGUCCCAACAGAGUGGGUUUUCCCAAAACAAAAGUGAACGACAUGCCUAAGAGGACAGAUAGGGGUACCAUGCGAUGGAUUCGUAAGGAUGACCUGCUCUUUGUAAAGUGGAUGGAUACCAGAGAGGUGGUCAUGUGCACCACUAUCCACAAGUCGUACAGUGGCGAUCACGUCGUCAGGCGUGUGAAGGACACUAAUGGGGCACGGACCACUAAAAAUGUCCCCAUUCCAGCUGCUGUGAAGGACUACAACAAGAGCAUGGGAGGUGUGGACCUGUCAAACGCUCUGAUAGGCUACAACAAUGUUCUCCACAAGACAAUGAAAUGGUACAGGACAUUGUUCUAUCACUUCAUCAACAUUGCUGUGGUGAAUGCAUUCGUCCUCCAGAAGGAAAUGGCUAAGAGCUCUGGACAGACCCCCAUGACACAGCUAGCCUUCAGAAAGUUGCUCAUCCAGGAGCUUGCUGGCUACGGCACAAAGUUCACUGCAGCACCUUCUGUCCCCUCUACCUCUGUCCCUUCUGCUCCUGCCACCAGUGGUGUUCACAUGCCAACAUUCAUAACUGCAGGCAUGAAUGUGCCUCAGGGCCAAAAGGGCACAGCAUGGAGGCGUCGUUGUGUUCUUUGUCGCAUGAAGUCCCCCAUCACCUGCACGACUUGUUCGGUUUGCCUCUGCUUUACAGCAGAAAGAGACUGCUAUGGGACAUGGCAUCAGCAGGACAAUAUUGUGUAG